ACUUUCACUUUCGUUUCUCCCUUGCAGACACGAGCUGCUUCUCAGAGGGAGGAGGCUUGUUUGCAGACGCUCCCGGGCUUCCAAUCUGAGGUAAAACAGAGCUCUGGACACAGGAAAUACACCAAAGCUGGUAAGAUCAUGUCAUGAUGAUAUUUUCCUGCCACAUGCAGCUAUUAAAAUAGAAUGGGGACUUUUUAACAGUUGCUUGGCUGCUCCAUACUGUUUUUGGAGAUUUAGCAGCUCAGCUUAACAAUUGCUUUGCAUGUAUGUUUGUGAGAGAUUUUCUGAAUCUGGUCCUUCAGUGAAAGGGAAGCUUUUGGGAAGGCACCGAAAUUUGCUAACUUUAUCUACAAGCACCGUGUUAAUCUCUUGGGUGGAGUCAGAAAGCCUCGGCUGGUAUUGUCCAUGUGAAAAGAAAAAUAUUAUUCUUCACCAUCUAGUGGUGCUUCCUGUUUUUUCAAUUGUUAGAUGGGGGAAAGCUGCUUUAUAUUUGCAGAUCACCACGAAACCUGAUGCUUAUUUAAUACAGCAAGCUGAAGGCAUGCACAGAACAAGCCUCCUCCCCAUGCUUACUCAGGCAUGUUCAAUGGGGCCUAGCCCCCUAAGUACCACAGCUGCAGUUCACAGACCAGCAGCACAAAUCUGUGCAGGUUGAAUCAAAUGAGGCUGUUAUUGUCAAAGCUUGUUCCCCAGCUCCUAGCAUGUCUUGGGUGGGGCUGUAGGACUGAAGUUUUAACAUUUACCCUGUGGAGGUUUGAAGAGAAAUGUGGCAUAUGUGUUUGAAAGAGCCUCUCCUCCUCCUCCCGGAGGGGAGGAGUUGUGAUCGGGAGUUGUUUCUGCGCUUUGCAUUGGGCAUUCCGGCCCCUGCUUGCCAUCACUGCUGCCGCCCUGUGCUCCCAGGCAGCCUACCAAUCAAGGGGAGUCUUGGGGGUGGAGUUUAGCCGCUCAAAUGCAGCCGCAGCAGCUCCUGCCCCUCAUUGCGCUGCCGUGUUUCAACGGAUCACACACCCACCCUUCCCUUUAGUUCAUCACUUCGUGCUUGACCUUGCUAUGGACCUGUGGUUGGUCACCUUGGUUGCCCAAGGGGCCUGGUAGGAUUUUUUUUUUAAAUGAUAUUUAUUAAGCAUUUUAAAAUUACAGAAAAAACAAAAAGACAAAGAAGAAAAAAAACAAGGGAAAAACAAACAGCAAUCAAACAAUACAAAUCGAUAAAAAUCAAAAUCAAAAAGCAAAACCAAAACACAUAACACAUCAAAAUCAAAAAACAAAAGUAAACCACAAAAAUUUAAAAACAAAUCCAAUAUUCUCAAAUCCUUAACUGUCAUUACCUUAUUUCAUCAACCUCCUCACACCUCCCUUUUUUGUAUUCUAGUUAUUAAUUAUCACAGCAAAUCCUUCCCAUUUUUCAUAAUAUUCCAUCAUUGAAUUACCUUAAUCUAUUUUAACCUUGUCUUACUAUAAAAAACCCUAAAACUUAAAACUUAAAUCUUAUUUAUACCAAUUUCUCAUAACCAUAACAUAUUCUUGCAUAGUUCUUUUUAACAUUUCUGCUAAAGCCAAAUAAUUUCAUUCCAACAUUUUUCUAAUACUCAUUAAUUUUACAAAACCAUCCUAAAUAGAUUUUUUUUUAAAACUUUCUUCCAAUCUUCAUCCAACGUCUCUUCCUCCUGGUCCCGGGUUUUGUCAGUCCUUUCUAUCCCAUCCAUCUAGUUCAUUAACCUGGUAAUCUUAUGUCCGAGGCCCUUAAGUCUCUACCAUGUCCCUUCCGCAGAUCUUCUUCAUAUUUAUACCUGUACUUUACUUUGUCUCCUGGUCCUUUCACUCGUGGAAACUCCAACUUGACAGUAUUUUUGUCCCUUCUCGACAGAUCAGCCCCUUUUCCAUAGUCCACACUGAACUCCAUAUGGUAUUUAAAAGCAUGUUUCAAGGUCCCUCCAGAGUUGAGGACCCCCACAACCCCAAACUCCUCACGGCCCAUUGCCAGACUUGAAAAGUCAAGACAUCCCUGCAUAGGGGGGUCUAUCCAGCCCCCUAUCUCCAAGCCAAACAAAACUCUAUCUCUCCAAAUCUGGCUUUUUCCAAGUUCAUUUGUCAGAUCCAAAAACUCAUGUUCCUGCUGGGCCACAGCUCCCUCCAUCUCUGCCACCCGAGGUCCAACAACAACCUCCUCCCUCAUCUGAACUGUCAGAGCACACUCCUGAGUUGAUUCCUCUAUAUGGGUGGGCUCUAUAUAGAUACCCACUACCUGUCCAAAAUUUCUAAUCGCAACAGUCAUCAAAUCCGUCUUCUCAUGUAACUGUUCCAAUAAAGCACUUGUCUUGCAGAAAGCACGCACCAGAGCCUCUGAAUACAUUGUUAUGCAAGGUCAGAAGUCUGUUCCCACGAUCUUAAUCUGUUUGCAGCUGCGAAGCUCCCAAGUUCAAAUUUAAUAACAGUUUCACAAGCUCCCUCUAGGGGAAGAACUUCUAUUUGUAUCAAUCUCUUUUCUUUUUUUUUUAACAGCAGAUCUAACAACAAAGUUUCCUUUUUCAGAUAUUUUGUCAAUAUUUGUUCCUUUAAAAUGCGAAAGAGAACAAUGGAAUCACUAUGUUUCUCUUCUUUUAACUGUCUGCCAAAAACAUUUGUCUAUAGCCAAUGAACUUCCCAAAAACGUCUGUCCUGACACCCCGCUCCCAAGUUCAAGACGGUGGAAAAAUUACUUUUCUUUACACUCUCUUCUGCAGGUUUAAACAGUCCGGAAAAAAUCCCCCCUCUUCUCCUGCUUCCGAAGGGGGUUCAGUAGUUUUAGAUGAUGAAAGUUGAUCCUUUAGAAAUGAUUUUCUAAACUCUAGUUUGCCAUGUCUUUGCUUUAAUCUAUCUACAAGAAACGGAAGCCUGACUUCCUGUUUAGACCUUCCCGCUUCAGUGCCAAAUUAAGAGGAAUUUCUUAAUCCAAUUUCCCAUUCUACUCACAGAUCGUUGUUUAAAGUCCAAUUGUCCAAAUUUGAUCUGCUCACGGGUAAUUGUUUUUGUAGCCAAAUUGUCCCAGGAAAAAGGUAGCGCUCUCCGGCAACGGCUGUGCGGCUUCGCUCCACGGAAGAAGCAGUUGACUCUCAGCACCGCGCCACUUGCCCCUCUUCGCUCCGGAGCCUGUAAUUGGGUUCCUUUACGAAUUGGGGGCGCGCGAAAGGUGCCCGCCGAGUCCCAUGGUCACAGGCUUCAUCCGCCUGUGAUUUUUUAAAGGGUCCCCGCUUCGCCGUAGCGGAACAGACCCAUUUUCCGUGGAGCCAGUCCCUCCGGAUCAGAGGGAAUCCGCCAUUACCGAUGGCGCUACCCUGGGCCUGGUAGGAAUUUUUAUCCAACUGGCAAAUUGGAACCAGCCACUUGGUUUUUCGCCUACCUUGUAGCAAAUCGUCACAGUCCUGGCCUACAUUGGCUGGAAGUGGGUUUCUGAAUUUCAGACAGGGAUAUCGCCUAAACCUGUCUUGAGAUGCUAUAAAUUGAACUUGGGACCUUCUGCUACCUAGGUUUGGCUGUUCCUAAUUCCAGAAAUAUUUAUAUUCCUACUAUAUCUCAUUUCUUUCAGAUUAAAGAUGGCCCAAUCUCGAUUGACCAAAACUGAGAGAAAGGCGCUGCUGGAUAUUUUGGGAUGCCAACAUCUAAGCCUUCUCUAUAAAGCAAGUUUGCAUACCUACAAUGUCAAUGCAUUUCAUUACAAAUGCAACAGUCAGGGCCCAACUGUAGUUGUGGGAUACAAUGCAAGUGGCUAUAUCUUUGGAGGCUUUACUGAACAGAGUUAUGCUUCAGCUGGGAGAUACCUAUUUGAUAACAAUGCUUUCCUGUUUAGAUUGAAAGGGAAAGGGCAGGAACCCAGCAUACUAAAAUUCCCAGUCAAGAAUGCUGUUGAGGCUGUCCUUGACAAUAGUGCAUAUGGUCCUACUUUUGGAGCUAACACACUUGUAUUCCUGUCAGAAAGCAAGAAUAGUGUUACCACAGAUGCUAACACUAACAGUUACACACUCAGUGCAGAAGACCUACAUGGAAAUGACCAAGUCCUUUUGGAAUGUGAAGUAUAUCGAGUUGAAGGUGAGAUGAAACAAUAAUUUAAAAGUUAUUUCAUUUUUUGCAACCCGUUGAUUUGCCCUCUUGCUAAUAUCAAAUUUUAUUUUCUCCUUAGGGCUGAGUAGCAUUUUGGAAAAACCAUGGCGGGAGAUGACAUGGACAGCUAAGUAGGUUACUGACUUGAGAAACACUCCCACCCCAUUUCCCCCCACCCCACACAACAUUUAGGCAAGCCAGUGGCAUUGUUUCAUUUAUUUAUUUAUUUAAGGCAUUUAUAUACAAUUUAAUCCAUAUAAUUUUCAAGUGGUUUCAAAGUUACCGCAGUUCAAGAGCACAUUACAGCUGGGCUAAAGCACUUAACCAGUGAGGGCCAAGUGAGGGGUGUGGCUUGUGGAGAGUUCUGAGAGGUAAGAUGGAGGACCACAUUUGGCCUCUGUGCCUGAGUUUCCCAACCCCUGCUUCUAACAGGUGUCACUUUCUUAUAUUUCCUUCCCUUGGCUAGCCAUCAUCUCAGGCACACCGUUACACUAAGCCUCAUGAUCUUGCUGAUCGUAAGGUCAGCAGUUCGAAUCCGUGCGAUGGGGUGAUCUCCUGUUGCUUUGUCCUAGCUCCUGCCAACCUAGCAGUUUGAAAGCAAAACAGCGCGAGCAGAUAAAUAGAUACCGUUGCAGUGGGAAGCUAAAUGGCGUUUUUGUGCACUCUGGCACUCAUCAUGGUGUCCUGUGCACCAGAAACAUGCCGCUUGACCUGGAAAAAACCUGUCUGUGGACAGAUGCCGGCUCCCUUGGCCUGAAAGCAGAGAUGAGUGCUGCACCCCAUAGUCGAAUUCAGCUGGAAUUAACCAUCCAGGGGUCCUUGACCUUUACCUUACCAUCUCAGGAUGACCUCCAGUUGUGGUUUUGGAACACCCCCCCUUCAGUCCAAAAGAAGAGUUAUAGGGCAGCCUUAUAGUCAGUGCAGAAGGAAAUCCUGUUCCAUUCAUUGAACAGCAUCCUUAACCCUUGCACAUCGUUUAUUUUAAUGGUAUCACUAUGCUGCUGGGGUCCGACAGGCCCCUUUCAAAACUCUGUGCUAGAAAUAAAAUUAAUGAUUGAUUUCAAAGUGACUCCAUUUUAACAUCAAAAUAGAAUUUAUUGAUAUUGCAAAACAACGACCCAAUAUGAAGUGCAUUGGAGUCUAUCGUGUUAACCUAAAUUCAUCUGUGGACUAUCAGGGAGCACUGGGGAAUAAACAGAAGCAUGCACCAUGCUAUUUGAGGCUACAGCUUUACCUGUCGUGACCUUGGCCUCAGAUAGUGUCAGAUGAUGGGAAGUUGGGUGUAACUUGGACCUAAUAGCCUGGCAGGUCAAAUGGAGAAGGCUGCCAGUGAGGCCCACAAGUUGCAGCUCCCCACCAGUGGAGAUUAGUUUAAAAGCUGAUCACUUCAUGAAGGGAUGUAGAAAGAUGUUUGCAUUUUCUUAUUUUAGGAGAAUCAGGCAGGGAAGGAAGAUAUUGUAUGGGGCAGUAGGCUAAAAAUGGUGGUAAACAGCAGAAAUUAGUCUCCAAAGAGAAAUGCUUUUGGAGGUGGCAUUUAAGCAAUUUCUCAACAGCUGUGUCUGAAAUGUGUUCAGUUCACCAGGUCACUAAACAUGUAGGUACUCUGUGCUAAAUUUCAGAAGGUUUGUACAAAUUAUCUUCAUUUGAUUCACAAUUAAACCCUCAGGCUUCAACAUAAUAGUGUUGCUUUGCUUUUGAACUUCAACACUGUAUAACCAGCAUAUAUGUACAUAUGAUUAAGCUAAUAUGGUUAAUAGAAGGAUGUAUUUUGCUACCUUGGUAGGAAAAGGGAAGCGCUGAUGAAAGAAAUAAGAACUUACAAACCUUGCUUGGGUGCUGUGCCCCAGUGUCGGGUUCUGCUUGUUGGGCCAGUUGGAGCAGGGAAGUCCAGUUUCUUCAAUUCUGUGAAUUCAACUUUCCGAGGCUACGUGUCAAGUCAAGCUGCAGCAGGAUCCGAUUCCACAAGUCUGACAAAGCAGGUAGCUCUGCACUGCUAAAGCAAAAGUUAAAAUGCAUUCAGUAUUUUUCAACCAAUAUUUCAAAUGCAUGUAUUGUUUCAAAAUAUAUUGUUUAUCCUAGCUAUAACGAAUGUCCAUUUUGAAAAGAGAAUUCAUGCCUCACAAGCCUUUUAAAUCUGCAGCCCUGUAGAUAAGGCUUAUUGAGUGGAAAUAACUGCAUUCAUGCAAUUGUGGCUGCAUUUUGAAACAAACCAUGUGUCAUUAGAGGUAACUGCUGUGACGGUAAAAUUUGUAGGUGAUACAUUAUUCAGAGGUGAUAUCCUAAGCUGGCAGUGAAGAGCUCCAAAAAGGAUACAGUGGUACCUCAGGUUACAAACACCUUGGAUUACAAACACUUUGCGUUACAAAGUCCACUAACCCGGAAGUAGUACCUCAGGUUACAAACUUUACCUCAGGAUGAGAACGGAAAUUGCGCGGAAGCAGCGGGAAGCCCCAUUAGCGAAAGCACACCUCAGGUUAAGAACGGUUUCGUUUCCACUGGGAACAAUGUUCCACUGGGAACAUUGCUAGUAUUUUUGCCACAUAAAUCCUGGCUUUCCUCUGCCUGAACCUCCUCGCUGCCCACGGAGGGCAGCGAGGAGCUACCACCAUUGACUCGUGACGUGACCUGAAACCCAUACUUAACUUGCCUUUCGUAACCUGUUUUUGUGUAAUGGAGUUUGUAGUUUUAUACAGAGCCACAAAAAUUACAGUAGAUUAGUAUAUAUACUAGUAGGUGAAAUUUGUCAUUUACAUAUGUAAAACAGAAAGGAAAGCAGAUAGGAAUAGAUUUCAAUAUGGUGUUAUUUGCAUUUUUUAAAAAAUAGUAUAGGACUUACCAUCUUAAAAGCGGAAGCGAUAGAGCCCCACUCCCAAUCAUUUUCUGUGAUACCAUGGGACUUGAAGCUCAACCCAACACUGGUCUGGACAUUGAGGACGUGCGCAGCAUAUUGGAGGGCCAUAUUCCUGAUCGGUACUCGGUAAGAUGCAUCCUCUAUUGUUCAUUUUAGAUGGAGAGAUUAUCAUUUAGGAACCUCUGCUUUUCAUUUCUAAUUUACUUAUAUAAUGCCAACAUCACACUUCCUGUGGUCUGCCAUUAUCACCACAGCAAGGGCAGUUUUAUUUUCCCAAGUGGUUUGCCAGGCUAAGGACUGAUUUACAUCCACAAAUCCAUGACAUGGCUUGGAAACACAGUUGCUAGAAGACUGGUCCUUGGGGAAAGCUGAUCAUGUGAUUUGGCUCACCUUGGAGCCAUGGUAGUUUCAGCCCAUGCCAUCAAAACUCAUCUUCUGAGUAAAAAAAAUAUUGAAACCAUUUGGGAAAUAUCUCACAGAUCAGCUUAUCAUGCUGAGCGGCCUGAACAAGGUUGAGUUUUGGGAAAUUGAUUGUUGUAAUGGUAUCCUCAGUACUAGAUUGAGAAUACCAGAGUACUAAUUCAGGUACUACACCCUCACCACACUGGGUAAAAAUGCUUUUCAAAAUGGGGCGGCAACUGACUACAUGUCAUUUUCGGUAUGCACAAAUGGUCACUUUACAUAUCAAAGAUGGCUGCUCCAUGAGCACUACGUGGGGGCUGUCAUCUUUUUGUAUGUAGGUUCAUCCAUCCCUAUGUCUCUCACACAACCAUAUAGGAAUCUGAUUCCAUUGCAGCUAUCCUAUAUUUUUUCUUCUAUUACCCUUUCCCUUUUCAGUUCAAUCCAUCCUGUGUUAUGAGCCCCAAUAUGCCAAACUAUAUCAAGUGCCCCUCUCCAAAAGACCGGAUUCAUUGUGUUGCAUUCAUUAUUGAUGGGUCCAAGGUUGAGAUCCUUCCUGAGAAGCUGGAAGAAAAACUGAAAGACAUCCGUCGAAAAGCGAACAGUUCUGGUCAGUCUUUUACAUUUAUUUUACAUUUAUGUUUUGAUCAACCUCAAUACCAAUGUUUCAUUGCCCGUGCAGGCUGAUUGCUCAAAUGGUCCCUCAGCUAUGUAGGAAACACUGACCAUUGAUUGUGAGUUGAUGAACUUCUUAUCUUGGUUUCCUGAGAAGUAUUUAACACUUCUCUUCAAAGCUCACACCUUCUCAAAGAUAAAUGAUUAGAGCUUUUUUAUGGAGCAAUGAGAAGCAGACCAUAUUGUCCCACUAUCUGAAUAUGUUGGAGGCAGUUGUGCAUACCUGACUGCAUGAAUUUUCAGAUUGUCGCUUCUCCCUAUUUGAUGUCUGUCAGUGGCCCAUUGGCCCUUGGAAGGAGACUUCAUAAGCCAGGGCUUAGAUCAUUGUACAGUGGACGGUCUGGUUGCGAACUUGAUCCAUGAGGGAGGCAUGUUUGCAACCCGCAGCGCCACGUCUGUGCAUGCGCAGGUUGCGAUUCGGCGCUUUUGCGCAUGCACAAAGCACGAUUUAGCGGUUCUGUGCAUGUGCGACCGCCGAAACCCAGAAAUAACCCGUUCCAGUACUUCCGGGUUUCGGUGUGUCUGUAACCCGUAAAAACACAACCUGAAGCGUCUGUUACCUGAGAUAUGACUGUACUUGCUUUACCAGACAAGGACUGAUUCCUAGAGAUUUAACUAUUAGCUUUCAAAUAUGUAGAGGAAUUAUUCACAGGAAAUAUGAGCUCCACCAAUUUUCUCUUUAAGCACAAGACACCCUACCUGUAAAUGUCUUCCCCAAAAGAACAAUGUAGUUGCUGUCUUAUUUCAUAUUCUAAAAAAUGGCUUCAAAUAGUUCUUCGCUCUUUGCUAAAAAAACAAUAAUAAUUGUGGUGGCUAUUCCCAAUUCAAAAUGGAAAAAAAAAACAUAUAUUGUACUCCUUUUUUAUAACCUAAUCUUACAGGUGUUCCACAGCUUGUUAUUCUGACUAAAGUGGAUCAGAUUUGUCCUAUUGUUGAGGAAGAUAUAUCAUACGUAUACAAAAGCAUGGCUGUUCAGAAGCAGGUAAACUGUUAAAUUAAAAGCUAUCUUUAAAGCUAGUCAGGCUUUUCUUUAAUAUUUUAAUCUUUCUGUUACUUUUUCUUUCCUUGUUGUGUUUUGCUUCUGCUCAUACUUCUUGGGUUUUUUUAUAUCCUCUACUCUGGGCUACUGAGAAUAUACACUUGAAGGUGAUGGCUGGCUGAUCAAUGUCCCUGGACUCAGCUACACAGAUGCAAAUAAAACAUUUUAAAAGGGUUGUGAAGUGCAAUAUACCAAUGUGACACUAGCUGGCGACAGUGAGCUGUAUUUUUCAAAACAUUUUUUUUUAAAGCAUUUUCACAGCGUUUUUAAAUAUGUGUGUAGAUUCCUUCCCUGUGUGAGAGGCAGGGAAGGGAAGAGGUCCCAGGCUGAGAGGCUGGGAAGGUCCAUCCCUUUCUGUGUGAGACUAGGUUUAAGAGCUACCUUUGAGGGAUGACACUGCAUUUUUCUUUCUCUUUCUGUUUAGAUUAGUUUGUUUUUUAUUGCAUUGUAUUAUGAAAAACUGUCAUAACAUCUUUGCACUCUAGAUGUGCAAAGCAGGGCUGUUGAGGUUUGUUAUUUGGAGAGCGUGUGGCCUGAGGAAAAUCCUGAGGGUCAAAGAGAGGCUCACCCUGGUCUAGGGCAUUAAAGGUCAUAGGGCAUUAAACCAACACUUUUAAGUUGCUGGAUCUGCUUUCAAAAGGAAGGAUACAAUUAGAAAUUGUUUCUCCUAGAGGGAGCUUGUGAAACUGUUGCUGGAGUCGAUCUGGGGAAUUCUACAGCUGUAGAGAUUAAAGAUCGUGAGAACCAGACAUUGACCUUGAACAAGAAUGUGCGCAGAAGAAACCUUAGUGAUUGCUUUUCGCAAAACAAGCGCUUUACUGGAACAGCUACAUGAGAAGAUGGAUUUGAUGACUGUUGCAGUUAAUAAUUUUGGACAAACAGUGAAUACCUAUAUAGAAACCACUCAGGAACCGACCCAGGAAUCUGCUUUGACAGGGCAAGUUGUGCAGAAGACAAAGGAGGAGGUUGCUGUUGAAUCUCAAGAAAUACAAGUGGAGAGAGUCGCGGCCUUGCAGGAACAUAAGCUGUUGUUUUUGAUGACUGAAUCUGGAGAAAGUCAGAUUUGGAGAGAUGGAGUCUCGUCUGGUUUGGAGAUGGGAAGUUGGAUAGAUCCCCCUAUGCAGGGAUGUUUUGGCUUCUGGGAUCUGGUUUUGGGCCAGGGGGAGUCUGGAGUUGUGGGGGCCUUUAACUUUGGAGGGGCUUUGAAACAUGCCUCCAAUUACCUUUUGGAUCUUAGUGCUGACUAUGGAGAAUGGGCUGACCUGUCGAGAAGGGAUAAAGACAUUGUUAGGUUGGAGUCUCCCCGAGACCUACUCCUCAGUGAUAAAGGAAGGAAAUUAAGAACAAGAUCAGCAGAAGACAAAGUAAAGUGCAGGUAUAAAUAUGAAGAAGAUCUGCAGAAGGGACAUGGAAGAGAGUUAAGAGCCUCGGACAGAAGGUCACCAGGUUGAUGGACUAUAUGGAAUGGAUAGAAAGGACUGACAGAACCCGAGACCAGGAAGAAGAGACGGUGGAGGAAGAUUGGAAGAAAGUUUAAAAAUUCAUUUAGAGAAUUAUUGUAAAAUUAAUGAGUGUUAGAAAAAAUGUUGGAAUGAAACUAUUUGGCUUUAGUAGAAAUGCUAUAAGGAGUUAUGUAAAAAUAAGUUUUAAGUUUUAGGGCUUUUUAUGGUAAGAUAAGGUUAAAAUAAAUUAAGACAAUUUAAUGACAGAAUAUAGUGAAAGAUGGAAAGGAUUUGCUGUGAUAAUUAAUAACUACAAUACAAAAAAGGGAGGUGUGAGGAGGUCGAUGAAACAAGUUAACGAAAGAUAAAGAUUUGGGAAUAUUGGAUUUGUUUUUAAUUUUUUGUUUGCUUUUGUUUUUGGUUUUGAUGUAUUGUGUGUUUUGUUCUCUUUUUUUCUUUUUAUUGACUUGUAUUGUUUGAUUCCUUUUUUUUCUUUCUUUUUUCUUUUUCUUUUUUUCUCUCUGUAAUUUUAAAUUCUCAAUCAAUAUCAUUUAAAAAAACCAAAACCAACACUUUUAAGUUGGACCUGGAAAUCGACUGGACCUUGUUUCUUGUAAGUGGCCCUGAAAUUUUUUGGUUUGGGUUCAGUGUACGGAUAUGGGGCAUAAAAAUGUAAUUAAUACAGCCAGCAGUGGCCUUGUGUCAGCUGGUGGGACCAAAGGGGCAUAAAAAUAGUGUUCCCUUGGUAACAAAUCACAUUUUAUUUCCUUUACAGAUGCGGCUAAUGGAAGCAAAACUUGGCAUCCCUCUGUCUCAUAUAGUUCCUGUUAAAAAUUAUUCCUCAGAGCUGGAACUGAGGAAUGAUGUUGAUAUUCUGAUACUCAUGGCAGUGAGGCAGAUGCUUCGUUUAGCUGAAGACUACUUUGAUGACAAACCUUCAGUCAAUCGUUCCACGAAGGAUUGUUACGCUGAGCCUUGAUAUAUAGGACUGAAUUGCUGCCUUCAUGUGCAUUUACAUCUGCUACUUAAAGUAACGUGUUUGGGUGCAUGUUCCAGAGAUGCCACCAUAGUAAACAUGCAAAGUUAUAAAGACCUGCGCAACUUGGGACUUAGAUAUCUUUCCCCAUAUCAGCCAGCUCAAGUUCUCAGAUUGGCCGAGUGGGCCACUGUAGGAAUUGUUGCCAAUGCAUCAGAAGGCAUGCAUUUCCUCUAUAACUGGGGUGAGGGGGUAUUUCCUGAACAAUAAUUUACCCUGCCAAAAUACCUGGUGUUAGUCAAAUGUAAGACAAUUUGAUCCUAACUUACUUAGGAGGAAAACGUAGACUUGAAAUCUGAACAAAAAAUAUUUCUGCAAACGUUAUUUUUUUGUGUGUGAUUUUUUUCCUGUUAUAAAAUGUUCAUUACAAUU